UCAAAUAUCGAAAACGAAGCCAGUGAUCCAAUAAUUCAAGACGAGAUCCUAAUUGAAAAUGAUCAAAUGAUAGAGGAAAAUGAUGAAUUAGACCCAGACAUAUUACAGUUACUAGGGUCAGAUCCAACACACGAUAAAACCUUUGGUGAAAAUUUACAUAAAGAUCUAGCUAUGAGAUGGAAACAUAUUUUAACCAACGGGAUACCUAAAGAAGAAAAAGCGAAUCUUUUAAAAGAAUAUUUACCCGCAGAAAAUUGUAUCCCCAUGAAAGCACCGGUACUAAACCCGGAGUUGAAGUCGGCAUUGUCCGAUAACAGCUUAAAAAAGGACUCGUACAGUGAGCACAAACAAAAUCAAAUGUCUAGCUGCAUCUCGGCUAUUGGCAAAGCAUUAAACUUAGCUUUGACACAAGUGGAAAAUACCCCACAAGAAAUUAUUAAAACUCUGAGCGAUGCAGGGCGCUUACUGUGUGACACUCACUACAGAGAAUCCCUUUCGAGAAGGUUUACUAUUGUUAAUUCCAUAAGUAAACAAAAACGUGAAAUAAUAAAAAAUACAAAAACCGACGCAGCGUUCGAGAUCUUACCCACAACAGACUCGACGACGUUGAAUACAUUAUCUCAGGUGGCGCUUCUAAGUGUAAAUACAGCUCCCAGUUAA